AUGUCCAUGAUGGAAUACUCAUCUCCCCUGGCCGCCAUGCACCCGCCGCCGUGCCCGCCAUGGGGCAACCGCCGCGACCUGCCGGCCUCGAGAACCAUGUACCAGUCACAGACAGUCGGAUCUAACAGCUUCAACUUCAAGGAACUGAGCAUGAAGAAGACCACUCCUGACUACUUCACAUUACGCCCGGCACGUGGCUCGUCGCCCACAGCGAGUCUCGCAGCAGACCUGUCGUCCAACUUCCACAUUGAUCAGAGGUAUGCACCACAUUCCGCGCCAAACCUUCUAGACCAAGUGCCCAAAGCUUACAAUCCANNCAGCCCGCAGAUUCCUACUCCCAGACGCUCAUUGUUCAACCAAAACCUCUUUCUGCCCCGUGACAGAUCCGAGCAGCUCGCAACACCGCCGCUCAUCGAGUACGACGGCCUCUGCACCCCUCCCAUCCCCAUGUCGUCGCCCGGUGACAUGAUGGACAUCUCGCCCCUCCCUCACAAGCAGCCCUGCUUCGUCGCUCACAUCACCCUCCCCUCACCUUCGCCCGAGCCUGCCGAGAACGACGACGAUGACAUGCUCUCGUGCCAGGAGGCUCUCUCCCUGCCCAUGCCCGACAAGCCCUCGCCAAUGCCUCUUCCCGAGCGCAAGAAGUCCGCUUUCCUCAGACCUUCCCUGACUAGAAGCAAGGGCCACUCAUACUCGACCACAUCAGUCCCCACACAAGAGCACAAGCUCCCCACGUUCAAAUUCGGCGGUGCCGGCCUCAGCUGCACCUCAAGCCCUUCUUCGGAUUGCGAAUCAUCGCCUUCCAAGUCAUAUCUCGUCCCUCCCCCUCGUCGCACCUCGCUCUGCCGCAACAACGGCUCGCCUCUGGGUUCGCAAGUCCGCAAGUCGGCCGCUGUCCGCCCUCCUCCUAGGAAGCAGGUGCGCCGUUCGCUUAGCAUGUUUCAGCACCCCGACGAUGUCAUCAAUGGCCAACAGGACGACUACUCUCACAUUAACUCUUCUCCUUCCGUCUCCAUGGACCUCGACGAGCCUUACAAGCCCAAGCUUCCUCACUUCUUCAACGAGGAAGAGCCCGACAGCCUUCCCCGCGUCAAGCAGGACACUCUCAUCAACGUCCUCAAUGGCGACUACAACUCUCACUACGACAAGAUCCUGAUUGUCGACUGCCGCUUCGAGUACGAGUACAACGGCGGUCACAUCAACGGUGCCGUCAACUACAACGACAAGGACAAGCUGACCACCGACUUGUUCGAACACGGCGGCGUCACCCCCAACACUCUCUUGAUCCUCCACUGCGAAUACUCCGAGCUCCGUGCCCCUCGCAUGGCCAAGUUCGUCCGCAACCGUGAUCGUGCCGUCAACGACUUCCAGUACCCUAAGUUGACCUUCCCCGAGAUGUACAUCCUCGAGGGCGGCUACAGCAAGUUCUUUGCCAGCCACCGCACCAAGUGCUUCCCUCAGAACUACGUCGAGAUGCACCACAAGGACCACGAGCAGGAGUGCGAAAAGGGCAUGGGCAAGCUCAAGCAGCGCGCAAAGCUCAACCGUGCCCAGACCUUUGCCUUCGGUCAACAGUGCAACAUGGAGGAUAGCCCUACCUCCGGCAACCGCAUGGGCCCUCGCAGUCUCAGCACCAUCGGCAUCUUCGACGCCAGCCCAGACAACUCCCCUCUGAGCCACAACCUCGUCCGCCGCCUUGCCUCAUAUUAA